AUGGCAUCGACACGCACUGAGUCACCGGAUCGCCGCGCGAUGGUCGAAUCAAUUACGAUAAAGUUAUCACCUGGGAAGUUAUCCGAGUUUCGAAAUUUGUUAGCACCGCAGUACCGCGAGCUUCGCGAUAUGACGAAACGGUACAGAGUGACCAUUCCUUACCCGAAGGAUGGGCCAGUGACGCCAGCGAAGCUGAAGAAACUAGUGCUUGCCAGUGGACGAAUUCAACUGUUACUCGACGAGCAAUCGUCCAGCGAUAAAACGAAACGCGCGAAAUUAACCAAAACGAUCGUGGAGUUGCUGGAAGAGAUUGGACUUGCGGAAAAUUUGCCCGUCCUGCGUACGCUCGGUACGAUGCUGAACGGAAUUUUCGAUCGCAUCUACACCGGUGUACUUGUGAAUGAGGUAAAACUGGAGCAGCUAAGAUCACGAUUUGGACGUCAAACAGUGCUUUAUUUACCGAGCCACCGGAGCUACGGUGAUUUCAUCCUAAUGUCUUACGUACUGUUCUGCUACAAUAUCGCUAUCCCGGGUAUAGCGGCCGGUAUGGAUUUUUAUUCGAUGGCCGGAAUGGGUAGUGCAUUGCGGAAUACGGGUGCGUUCUAUAUGCGCCGAACAUAUGGUAACGAUCGUCAGUAUUGGUACAUAUUCCGCGAGUAUAUGCGCCAGUUGAUAGUGGCAUACGAUCGUGGGAUCGAAUUCUUCGUAGAAGGAACGCGUAGUCGCAGCAACAAGGCCCUGAUGCCCAAGAUUGGACUGCUGUCGAUGGCACUGGAACCACUGUUUAUGGGUGAGAUACCGGAUCUGCUAAUCGUGCCCGUGAGCGUAUCGUACGAUCGCCCCGUCGAGGAGCAACUGUUCGUGUACGAGCUGCUAGGUGUGCCGAAACCGAAGGAAACGACCCGCGGACUGUUGAAAGCGUUGAGCAUUGUGCGUGAAAAUUUUGGUACCAUCUAUCUCGAGUUUGGUGAUCCACUAUCGGCGAAGGAUUACUUUGGCGACGGGUUGAACCGUACGCAACAUACGAUUGCACCGACAUUUGCGCAAACUUUAGCCAACGAAGAGCGGGAUGCGAUACAAAAUUUGGCCAAUGAUGUGGUACAUCUGCAGCAGCACCGUAUGGUACUGACCACCUUCCAUCUGAUUGCCCUGUACUACAAUUACCGGAAAUACCACGGCCAAACGGUAACGUUCGACGAGUUGGUUGAAGGUGUCACCAUGCUUGGACGUAUGUUCGAGGAUCUCGGUGCGAUCACGGAAGUAGAGGGCUGUGAAAAUGUGGAGCCGCUUUGUUUAGCUGCGCUCGAUGUGCACCGAAACAUUCUGCAGCUGACAAGCGAUCGUGUGCUGACGAUUGCACAAUCGCACCACGAUUUUAGUCGGGUCGACAAAAAAAGGCUGAAGGGAUACAACUUGACGGAUGGUGUGAUGAAGCUUGCGGUGCCAAUAUUCUCUCUGCAGCUAUACUGCAAUCCAUGUCUGCACUGGUUAGCCGUUCCGGCAAUGGUACUGCUGGCGGGUCGCAGUCUUACCUCCGAAACAGGCACGUUGCGCCGUGGUGAUCUUAUGCAAGUGGUGCGCGAAUUGAGACAGUUGUACGGUUUUGAGUUUGUGCUGUAUGCGCGACGAGAGGUUGUUGAAUUUGACGCCGCAUUAGAUCACCUUUAUCGGCAGGGUCUCUUACAGUAUGAUCCAGUUGGUCAAGAUACGCUACACUUCGCCCCACACACGGAUCAGCAGCGGUUGGCUAACGUGUAUCUCAGUGCUCUUGGUCCCUUUCUGUGCACAUAUCUCCAGGCGAUGGAUGUAUUACUAGAACAGUUUCACAGCAAAGAGAGUUUCACGGAAAAGGAAUACCUUGCUUCGGUACAACAUCAUGUGGAACAGCAACUAUUACGACAGGAACGUAACGUUCAUCCGUACUGCCUGUCACUGGAUAGCAUUAGUCUCACGCUGCACUCUCUAGUCACACUUGGUGCAAUACGGAAAACGAAAAGAGAUAAUGUGUACCGCUACAAUCUUGGUACAGAUGGUAUGAUCGAAUCAGUAAACCUACGACUGAAGCGCUACUGUACGCUGCUACCCUUCGAGUACCUCACAUUCCAAGAUGCGGUAACCGGGAGUAAACUGUAA